ACGGCCGGUCCCUGCAGAAGCUGCCGGUGCACAUGGGCCUGGUGAUCACCGAGGUGGAGCAGGAGCCCAGCUUCUCCGACAUCGCGAGCCUCGUGGUGUGGUGUAUGGCCGUGGGGAUCUCCUACAUUAGCGUCUACGACCACCAAGGUAUUUUCAAGAGAAAUAAUUCCAGAUUGAUGGAUGAAAUUUUAAAACAACAACAGGAACUUUUGGGCCUAGAUUGUUCCAAAUACUCACCAGAGUUUGCAAAUAGUAAUGACAAAGACGAUCAAGUUUUAAAUUGCCCUUCAGCAGUGAAGGUGCUGUCCCCAGAAGAUGGAAAAGCGGGCAUUGUGAGAGCUGCCCAGGACUUUUGCCAGUUAGUAGCUCAGCAGCAGAGGAGACCCACAGAUUUGGAUGUAGAUCUGCUAGACGGCUUACUUAGUUCACAUGGUUUCCCUGAUCCUGAUUUAGUGUUGAAGUUUGGUCCUGUGGACAGCACGUUAGGUUUUCUUCCCUGGCAAAUCAGAUUGACUGAGAUCGUCUCUUUGCCUUCUCACCUAAACAUCAGUUAUGAGGACUUUUUCUCCGCACUUCGCCAGUAUGCAGCUUGUGAACAGCGUCUGGGAAAGUAGUGGCUCCUGGUUACAUAACAGGAUUUCAGGCUUUUGGAGAAAAGGACCCAAUUGACUCUGAUGUUUACAAAGUACCUAUAAAACCUUGUACACACCUAGUUCAUAUUCCUCAUAAUUUAUCAACAAACACAAAAAAGUGUCUUACUUGAGAGUGAAUGAGUGUGUGCGUGUGUGCGUGCAUGUGUGUAUGGAAAUAAAUUUAUAAAUGGGGCACAUUGGAGAAUGGAGUACAUAGACCUUCAGCUGAAGCAAGUAGCGGCCAUGUCUUAGGAGCUGAGACUUGAGAUGGAAAGGCUUCAGCUCCUGCUGCUCCCCUGUUUUUUCGGGGAGUGGAGGGGUGAGUAGAGAGAGCUGGUAUAGUUGUUUGUGGUGGGAGGGGAUCAUUUUGUUCAGUCUUUCUUAGAGACCAAACUUUAAUUUUUAAGAAUAAUAUAUUGACUUACUAGUGGAAGUAUUCUCCUUGUGCGGGACAGUCGGAGAUUUCAGAUUGUUCACAUGUUGAAAGUUUGCUCACCUGUGGAGCAAAGGCCGCCUCCUCAGUUUUCCGUCCAUUUCAUUUCUGCAUUAUAGUAAACAGUGGGACUUGAAAGUACUGGUCUGAGUUGUAAAGAUCAUUUGAAAAAAAAAAUCUUACAGCAUUUAAGUACAGAAUACAAAAUAUUAAAAUAUUAGGUGGUUGAAAACCCAAAAAGUGAAUAAAUGAUAAUCUUAAAGAUAGAAAAUUUCCUAAGAGGACAGUUUUGAUUUCCUUAUGUGAUGAGUAGUAUGCUAUAUAGUACCCAAACCAUUUUUAAAACGUUUUCAUUAGCUUUUUAUUUAAAAUAAACAUUUGAGAGAAGUUAACCGAGGCAGCUUUUUCCCUCAGAAGUAACCUGCUCCUCUCCCGUGCUCCAGUAAAUCUCAGUGAUGACUUUGCAUAUGAUUAAGUAGGAUGGAGGCCUGUAUUACCAAAGUCUGUGAGCAUCGUUUAAAUUGAUCUUCUGUAUUCUCUUGUGUUCUAGAGAACAGCACUGCUUCUGACAGAAUUGUAUUCUUGAUAAUGUUUUUAUGUUUUUCCACUGAUAAUCUUUGGAUGGAAACCAUUCUUUAUAUUUGAUGGACAGUUUUCAGAAAACUUUUAUCAGCAAGUAUACAAAAGUCAUGUAUAUUUAGAAUAGAGCAGUUUAAAUGCUAGGCCCCUGAAAUCUGAAAAAUAGCAAAGAACCUGGGUUUGGAAAGUAUGGUCUGGAAUUGCCUGUCAGACUCUGAAGAAUACAUGUUUCAGCUUUGGAUUACAAACCCCAUUUAUGAUUUUAAAAAUAUACUUGAAAUAAAAUGAUUAAAAUGAAUUUUGUUCCAGUGACAUUACUUUGCACUUCAGUUUUUUGUAUAAAAUUUUAAAGUUUUAAUUUAUUGCCAAAAUUUUGUGUGAAGCCUCAGUGUAUUUAAAGGUUAUUAGAGAUUUCCCCCCAUUUCUGUUUCCUUCUACUGUGAUCUGUGUUCCUCUGGUUUUAUUCCUCCACAGGGGGAGGUAAUUUAAGGCAGUUUAACACCUUUCCUAAACAUGAUAGGUAUAAACACAGACCUUCUGGGGGUAUGCACAGCUUUAAUGAGUAAAAUUUAUUGGGCUCAAUUGAAAUAAGGGGAUUCAAGUUUUGCUAAAGCAAAGUUUGCCAAAUUGCCCUUUGGAGUAGAGCCAAAAACAUAAAGCGUUGAGUUAUUAUACUUUCUUUCAUAGUAUAGUACAACAAAACAAAUCCAUAGCCUAUGACCCAAGUCUGUUUUGGCCUUAGGAAAAAAAAUCGCUUAAGCAAGUUAAGGGUUUUGAAUUUAAAUAUAGGCAUUCAGGAAUCUUGUCACUUGGGGUCAACUGCUAAUGCUAUCUCCACAACUUGAAUAGCUCUGGUCAUUCUUCAGUUCCUGCCAAGGUCAUUACAAGUUGGAUGUCAUCAAAACUCCUUUUGUGCUCCCAAGGAACUUAGUGUCUUCACAUAUUUUAUUUUAAGUUGUUUCUUUUUGACGUGCUCCAUGAUGAAAAAGACACCAACUAGGGCUGGAGAGAUGGCUCAGAGGUUAAGAGCACUGACUGCUCUUCUAGAGGUCCUGAGUUCAAUUCCCAACAACCACAUGGUGGCUCACAACUAUCCGUUAUAAGAUCUGGUGCCGUCCUCUGAUGUGCAGAUAUACAUGGAAGCAGAAUGUUGUAUACAUAGUAAAUAAAAUCUUAAAAAAACAAAAAGAAAGAAAAAGACACCAAGUAGAACCCACUCAACAGAUGGCAUGGAGCAUAUAAAGAAGUUGGAGCAAUUAACUCCAUUCCGAAGUCUGAUUGUAAAUCGCUCCUUGAAACUGACUGGUUAAUGUUUGAAGUUUAAAAGCUGAUUAUAAUGUGAAUAGCAAUUUCUGGUAUAUUGUGAGUAAGGCUUAAGAAUGCCUGUUUUUGACAAUAAAAAUGUUCCAAUAUUAAUUAACAGUGCCAAAUACACUGUGCAUAUCUAUAAUUUACCAUUUGAAUGUAUGUUAAUUAGCUACUCCCUUCUGUGUGACGGUCCCAUGCUUAGUGUCAGUGAAGUACUUGUGAUGUGUGUCACGCCUGUAGAUUUUGGCAACAUGUAAAUAAUAUGUACAGCAAGUUUUUAUGAUUAAGGAAUCAAAUUUAUUGAAUUUUAUUAUUGAAAGUUGAAACGAUGUAUGAACAAAAAAAAUCAAUAAAAGAAUAUACUCUUU